AACGUGCCCUGACUAUGAGUGUAUACAAUUGUAUAAUUGACAGAUAAAUUAGAUUGUCUGAGUGAUGUCCAGGUAGCAGAGAGGAAGUUGUUCUUAAUUCAAGGAGACAAACCUCAACUGAUGAAUUGGGAGAAAUAUGGUCUAAGGAUUGGAGUACAAAAGGAGAGCUUAAUGUCCUCUGAAACAGUAGAAGCAGCAGUGGUUGCUCUUGUAGGAGGACAGUUCCAGUUUCCUUGUAAUACUGUCCUAGUGAGUGCUGUGUAUGCAGUGUCACUCUCAAAGCCUCUCCUCAAACAGCUCAUAUUAGAAAUACAACACUGCAUUGAUUUAACAGGACGACCAGCUCUUAGUUGUCAUCUCAAGUUUGCCAUAGCUCCCGUGAGCACACCCAGUCUUCCUUACCAAUUCUCAGUAGUUGAGGGAGGAGAAUUUAAACCUAAUAGUUGGUAUGGAUCCAUUCAACGUAAAGAGUUCUGUUUGGUAGCUAUUGUUGGGGAGAAACAUCUACCCAAAUCAUCAGCUCAUGGAGAUGAGUCAGAGAAGGAGGAGGAGCUAGAGGAACAAGCAGAAGAGGAAACUGAGGAGGAAGUGGAAGAUGGUAAUAGUGAUUCAUCCAGUGAUUCUGAUAAGACUAAAGAUCUACCAGGAGGUAGUAGUGGAGGACAAGGAGAGUCUACUAGUAAUGAGGGAGUAGAGGAAGAGAGGGGGACUGGAGGUCAGCCAUUACAUGAGGAAGGAAACAAAAAGCAAGAUUAUAAAAGAGUAGAAGACUCAAAGGAUCAUGAGGAACCACAGCAUGAAGAAGCAACUGCUCCAAUACCUUGUACUGAGAUUAGUUCAGAUUUUAAUAGUAAAGUAGUAGUUUCGACUGGUAUAGUAGAGAAUAUGGCUUAUGCUGGACUGGUUUAUUAUGAGGAGAAAAGAGCUGAAGACUUGGUAACAUUUGCUGCUGCUAAAGAUCUCAAUGCACUGCUUGAGUUUAUUGAUAUGAGACACUCUCAAGCUGAAGUUGGGCAGAAUAUUCUAUUUCGUUUCAAAAAUUAUGAUGGAUAUAUUGAAUUAAAGUUUGAUGCACCUCAAAAGAAACCAUGCACUGGCUGGAGUAUUGAGCCUCACAUGGACUCAUGCAAAUUUCUACGUUGUGAUGUUGAUAAGUUUGGUGAAGCUAAUUAUCCUCUUCCUUCCACUUGUCUGAUAUCAGUAUAUGGGUCACCUGGUGCUGUACCGUCAUUGCACUAUUCUAUACCACUGGAUGGAGUGGCUGAUCCUAAGACAUUAUUCAUUCACCGAUCACUGAGAACUACUCCUUUAUUAACAAGAAAUCGUACUACCUCCUCCUUCUCUAAUGUAGUACAUGAGUCAACGUCAGUAUCAUCAUCCAGAGGAGCUAGUCCAUCAGCUACUGUUGAUGUCAAUAAAGUAAAGAAAGUGAUUGAUGAUGUUCUUGUAUCUCAUUAUGCUGCACUCAAUUCUCUUAAGACAUCUCUCUCAGAUCUUGCCAGUCAGUUAUAUGCAGCUCAUCUUAUUAGUGAUGAAGUCAGAGAGACUCGUAGCAUGGAAAAGUUCAUUACAGAGUUCAAGGCUAGUCUUAGUUUCAAGAGGAAGUUACCUAAAAUGGAGGAGCACUGUCAAAAGUUCUUAAGCUCAUUCAUUGCUGUAAGAGGUAGUUAUGCUGAUGCAGCAAUAGCUUUAGGUGAGGACUGGAUUGAAGCUAUUAGGAAUGAACUGGGGUUUGAUUUUAAUAUUAAUUUUGAUGCUUGA